AUGCAGUCAGGAAUUACAGCUUCAACAGUCUCCUCGGAGCUCCACGAUGCCUUCAACCGCUUCACCUCCGACCCCUCAAUCUUCUGCCUCCCCGUCACCAUCACAGCAGAAAGCCUAACCCCCCUCACCACAAUCCCCUUCACUGGCUCCCCCACCACCCCAGAUGCAUUCUUCUCCUCGCUCUCCCAGAUCUCCUCGAUCCUGCAGCCCAAGACCCCAAUCUACCUGCUUCUCCGCCGCCCGCUCGCGGCCAAGACCGUCCUCGUCGCAUUGACCUACAUCCCCUCCAAUGCACCCGUUCGGCCCAAGAUGCUCUUCGCCUCGACUCGCUCCACCCUGGUGCGUGAGCUGGGCACCGAGAAGUUCGAUGAUACUGUCUUUGCUACGGAGGAGCAGGAGAUCGUCGGACGGGAGGCCUGGUCGGAGCGUGAUGGUGAUAAGGCGGGCGUGGGUCGUGAGGCGCUGAUGGGUGAGAAGGAGCGUGAGUUGGAGGCUGUUCGGCGCGCGGAGGCUGAAGCUCGGAAUGGGACGCCGCAGAGAGAUAUUGGUAUUGGGGGUACGUUUGGGCCUGGGACCGGUUCGGGCAUGAGAGUGUCUAUGCCCGUUGACGAGGCGGCCAAGUCGGCUUUGAAGGAGCUGGCAGACGGUGGUCUGGUGCAAUUGACUGUAGAUAUCCCCACCGAGACUAUCAUCCUCGCCGACAAGCAGUCUGAGGUUCAACCCGACUCCGUUGCCACCCACAUCUCCUCCACUUCGCCUCGGUAUUCCUUCUACCUUUACCCCAGCUCGGACGUGGUCGUGUUCAUUUACACGUGCCCCACGGGAUCGUCCAUCAGAGAGCGCAUGCUGCACGCCAGUUCGCGGAGGAAUGCUAUCACGGUCGCCGAAGGGGAAGGACUCAAGAUCACGAAGAAGAUCGAGGCUUCCGGACCGGACGAGAUCACUGGGGAGCGGUUGAAGGAAGAGGUGUACCCGGCACAGGAUUCAGGCCCUGCUCGGGGUUUCGCUCGCCCCAGACGUCCAGGCCGGUAG